UGUUAAAGCGAGAUUAUCGUGCGGUUUUCAUUCAUUGUUUUUCUUCAAUUUUCUCUUUACAGAAACACUUUACAAUGUCAAAUUCACUCAGAAUCGCUCAUUUGUGUCGUAAUUUGACACGAACUGCAACUGUUCGAACAUGGCGAGGUAUAAAUAUCGUAAAAUCCACAAACAAACUCUCCCUUCAGCCACAACAAUGUAAUUUCGCACGAUGCAUGUCAACACAAGCCGCUUCAGAUCCCUUUCAUUCAAUCAUCCGCGACAACGAAACAGUGAAAGGAGAUGCGGAUAAACACGAAUUCCAAGCUGAAACACGAAUGUUGUUGGAUAUCGUCGCUCGUUCAUUGUAUUCCGAGAAGGAAGUUUUUGUUCGUGAGCUCGUUUCGAAUGCAAGCGAUGCCUUGGAGAAAUUCCGUUACACAAUUCACACAGCAGGAGACAAACAAGGAAACUACGUCGACGCUGAUCGUUCUCUCGAAAUUCACAUUGGCACGAAUAAGCAAGAUCGCACAUUGACAAUUCAAGAUACAGGCAUUGGUAUGACGAAAGAAGAGUUGAUCGCAAACCUUGGAACUAUCGCUCGUUCUGGAUCUAAACAUUUCAUGGAGCAGAUUAAGGAAGGCGAAGCAAAAGCUGAGAACAUCAUUGGGCAAUUUGGCGUUGGGUUUUACUCGGCGUUCAUGGUUGGAGAUAAAAUUGAUGUUUUUACGAGAUCUUCACAAAAAGGUUCUCCCGGAUACAAAUGGAGCUCAGAUGGUUCAGGAAGCUAUGAAAUCGUUGAAGCUGAUAAUGUUGCAGUUGGAACGAAAAUUGUCAUUCACUUGAAGGCUGAUUGUCGUGAAUACGCCGACGAAACUCGCAUUAAGGAAGUUAUCAAGAAAUAUUCCAACUUUGUUGGUAGUCCAAUUUUCGUCAAUGGGCAUCGUGCGAAUCAAAUUCAACCUUUGUGGUUAAUGGAGCCCAAAGAAGUUACCAAAGAACAACAUUACGAGUUUUACCGUUUCGUUGCCAACUCCUUUGACACUCCGCGUUUCACGUUACAUUACAAAACGGAUGUGCCCUUAAGUAUUCGCGCUUUGUUGUAUUUUCCCGAAGGAAAGCCCGGGCUCUUUGAAAUGUCGAGAGAAACGGAUAUCGGGGUUGCUUUGUACACGAAAAAAGUUUUAAUUCAAUCGAAAACGGAGAAUCUUCUUCCCAAAUGGUUGAGAUUCGUCAAAGGUGUUGUCGAUUCGGAAGACAUUCCAUUGAAUUUGAGUCGAGAAUUGUUGCAAAAUAGUGCAUUGAUUGCCAAAUUGAGAAACGUUCUCACAAAUCGAGUUUUGAGAUUUUUGCAUGAUCGUUCAACGAAAGAACCGGAAGAGUAUCUGAAAUGGUACGCUGAUUACGGAUUGUUUUUGAAAGAAGGAAUUGUCACAAGUCAUGAUCCCAAUGAAAAAGAUGAAAUUGGAAAACUUUUGAGAUUCGAAUCCAGCAAAGAAGCAGGAAUGAAAACAAGUUUGCCCGAAUAUUGCAGUCGUUUGAAAGAAGAUCAAAAGGAAAUCUUUUAUCUUGCUGCUCCAAAUCGAAGUCUCGCCGAGCAAUCGCCUUAUUACGAAUCACUUAAAAAGAAGGGAGUUGAAGUUUUGUUCUGUUACGAAGCGUAUGACGAACUCGUUUUGAUGCAACUCGGAAACUUUUUGGGCAAACCAUUGAUCAGCGUUGAGAAAGAAAUGCGUCGUGACAAAUCGGAAGAUGCUGAAGUAGAUGAAGGAGGACUUUUAAAGACACAAUCUGAUGCAUUACUGGGCUUCAUUCGAUCCAAAUUGGCAGGAAAAGUUGCAAAUGUUAAACUUACCAACAAAUUAGAAUCACAUCCUUGUGUCAUAACAGUUGAAGAAAUGUCAGCUGCUCGUCAUUUUGUAAAAACACAAAAUAUAACAGACGAAAAUGCAUAUGCUUUGCUUCAGCCACAAUUCGAAAUUAACGCUAAACAUCCAAUCAUCAAGAAAUUACACAAGUUGACGGAGACAGAACCGGAAUUAGCCGAGCAAUUGACACAACAACUAUUCAACAAUUCUAUGGUUUCUGCUGGUUUAGUUAGCGAUCCGCGAUGCCUUCUAACCGGGAUGAAUGACUUAUUGACGAAAAUUCUUGAGAAAUAUUAAACUACUUGCGCAAUAUUGCAUUUUUAGAAUAUAGAAUUGAAAAAAUUAAUAAAAAAUUAAACAUUUGUUUUUCGAUUUUUCGAACAUAACUUUUUUAUUUUCCUCAUUGUUUUUAAUAGAUGUUCUUGUUGUGGUUGUUCAAUAUAUAAGUUUUGUUUGUUUGUUGUUGAGAUGUCGUUUGUUGCAGUAGUUCUUUUUCUUUUAUCUUGUCUUUUCGCAGUUUAUGUAACCAACUACAUUGAUAUAAUUAUAAUAUAAUAAUAUUUUUAAUGAUUUUUUACAUCUUUUUUUUUUUGAAAUUUAUUAAUCUGUACGGGGGAUUUUUAUUAUUAUUAUUUUAGUUUUUUUUUUAAUAUUUUUUGAAUAAGGUAUAGUUUAACGAUUUAUAUGUAUAUUUAG